CUGACAGUUUUAUAACAACAGUCCAACGCUGCGCUUUGAAUGGAACAAAACUCUGGAGUUUCGAGUCAGGGUUUGUUUAUUAUCCUAUGUAGUGAUCGCUGAUUGAGAGAGCAGGAUGGAACCAUCAGAGCCAGGGGGGCUGGAUGCUGCCGAUCCCGGUCCAAAACAGAAUCCCAAACCCGAGCUUUCUGCAGCGAUGCGAGCUAAAAUCGAGCGUAACCGGCAGCGGGCGUUGAUGCUCCGGCAAGCAAGACUGGCGAGCCGCCCUUUGUCGACUGUGGAGGGCGCAACCUCGGCCAAAGUGUCCAAAACAAUCGACUCCGGUGCCGGCUUCUUCAUCGAGGAGGAGGAGGACGGAGAGGAAGAGCGGAGAACGAGGAAUGUUGUGCAUCAGCCAGCUCCAGUGAUCGAGCCAGAUUACUUGGUGUGUGAUGACUGUCAAAAACCCUUUAUGGACUCGUACCUCAGUAACAGCUUUGACCUGUGUGUCUGUGACAAGUGCAGAGACAAUGAGGAGAAGCACAAGCUAAUCUCCAGAACUGAGGCCAAGCAGCAUUACCUACUGAAGGACUGUGACCUGGACAAGAGAGAACCUCCACUCAGGUUUAUACUAAAGAAAAACCCUCAUAACCCACGCUGGGGAGACAUGAAGCUCUACCUCAAACAGCAGGUGGAGAAGCGAUGUGUGGAGGUGUGGGGCUCACAGGAGGCUCUGGAGGAGGCCAGAGAGACGAGGGAAGAGAACAGAGAGGUGCAGAGACAAAAGCGCUUCAACAAGAAGGUCAAAGAGCUGCGCAGGGCGGUGAGGAGCAGCAUGUGGACCAAAGACACCAGCAUUCACCAACAUCAGUAUGGACCAGAGGAGAUGGUGGAUCCAGAGGAGGACCUCUAUAAGAAAACCUGCACCACCUGUGGACAUGAACUCACCUACGAGAAGAUGUAGACACACUCACAUGCCAGCGCUGCCAGUUACAAGGAAAACAUGAUUAUCAGGAACAAAGUUGCCUCUCAGAAACUCCUAUUUUUCUACUUUUCUUCUGGCAUUUGUUUUUUUAUCUCAUUAAUAAAAUUGGAUCACAUACAAGG